AUGAAGUUCACAAACUACCUUUUGACAACUGCAUCACUCGCAAGCAGUGUCCUAGCGGUUCCAGCUCCCCGCACCGGUUUGGAGGACAGACUCCGUACGCGGUCAUUGCAGCGCCAGUCACAUCCUCUUGCACCACUUCCACUUGACACAUCCACCAAAGAGGAGUCCAGACUCCUCGUAUCCGACGAAAAUACCACCCAUGUUACAUACAGCAGUAAUUGGGCGGGCGCAGUGCGCGAGCAACCACCUCCGCAAGGCACGUAUUCUGCCGUGUCGGCAACAUUUCGCGUACCAGAACCCACGGCGCAAGGGGGGAGUGGAACGCAGGCUGGAUCGGCCUGGGUCGGGAUAGAUGGCGACACAUACAGCAACGCCAUUCUCCAAACAGGAGUCGACUUCUAUGUGGAAAACGGGCAGACGUACAACGAUGCCUGGUAUGAGUGGUAUCCAGACUAUGCAUACGACUUCGACCUGGAUGUGAGUACAGGUGACACCAUUGUCGCCAAGGUGGAAGCCAUCUCGCCAAGUCAAGGCGUAGCCACAAUUGAGAACAUAUCAACAGGGAAGAAGGCUACGCAGACGAUCAAAGCCCCAGCUGCGACAGCCACACUUGCCGGCCAGAAUGCCGACUGGAUCGUGGAGGAUUUCCAGUCUGGCGACUCAAUGGUCGACCUGGCUGGUUUCGGCGAGAUCAGCUUUUGGGGCGUGCAAGCACAAGGGGGAGGGUCAACAUGGGGUGUAAAUGAUGCGACUAUUGUCGAGCUGAAGCAGGGCGACCAGGUGUUGACGGACGUGGAAGUGCAAAGUGACUCGGCCUUCACCGUGUCAUAUACGAGCUGAUGUGACGGUAUAUGAUUACAUUUUCUCAUUCUUCGAUCAUUUUUCUCCAUUUUGGCCGGUGACAUAAUUUCUGUGGUUAAUUUUGAAGAUGCCUUGAUGUAUUUCGGUAGUACUACUUAGCUUAAGG